AUGCAUGUGAACCAUUUUCCAACUAUUUUCACAUAUUCUCAGAAGCUCGCUUGUGGCGAUGGAUUCACGCUUGUUGGUACAACAGAGAACGAGCUCUAUUUCUGGGGGUCCAAGAACGGACAGCGCAGUGCACUCGCAGAGGAGGGACCCAUGCUCAAAUGUGAUAACUCAAUGAAUUCGACUUCAUCGCGGCGGGGUACCAAAAAGACGUAUCGAGAAGUUGAACAAUGCAAUCCAGAUGUAGUACCUCUGCCCUCGCUUAUACUUAGACUGGAUAGCAGUGAGUCUAAGCGGAAAAUCCACUUGUCGAACAUUGCUUUGUCUGGAUACUGCGCCUACGUCGUUGUGGACACAUAUGAGGGACCAUCAUAUUCCGCUGCGCAUUCUAUCGCUCCGCCAACUGGCUCAGUUCAAUCAUCAACAGAAGACAGCGAAGAAGUGAAUACGUGGCUAAAAAAGGAACUGGAGCAAGCAGAGGUGAUCCCGUUGAGUGUAGCCAAGGUUAGUCUUUUCUUCAUAGCUCGCUUUCGCUUAAGCACAUUACCGCCCAUAGCUUCUGCGAAAGAACUUGACUUUAAAUUUAAAAAAAAAAAAAACUUCUUGAGAAUGAUCUUCAAAUGGAAAAGAGGGGCUAGACUCAGCUCGUCGAGACAAAUCUUAUAUUAUGUCACUAUUAACAUUUAAGA